CUGGCAGAGCACAGCCAAAAGUCUAUCUUCUGCUCUCUGUCUGAAAGCCGCAAUGGCCUCUUACACUGCUUACAGUGGCUACAGCAAGCCACCUCAAUCGUACGUGGGCUCUUACUACGAUGAGAAGCAGCCUAAGACAUAUGCAGAGUAUGAAGACUCUGUAUAUGAGGAAAAAAAAAGAAUUGAGAAAAAGGACCGUCGCAAUGCCAUCUGUUGUGAGGUAGUAGCUCUCGUCAUCGGUUUCAUUGGACUAAUCGGAGUGGCAGCUGUGACAGGCCUGCCGAUGUGGAAGGUAACAGCCUUCAUCGAAGAGAACAUCAUUGUCAUGGAGACCCGCUGGGAGGGUUUGUGGAUGAACUGCUACAGACAAGCCAACAUCAGGAUGCAGUGUAAGGUGUACGAUUCCCUGCUGUUUCUGCCCCCGGACCUCCAGGCUGCUAGGGGUCUGAUGUGCAGCUCCGUUGCUCUGACCACCUUCGCCCUCAUCGUUGCAGCAGUGGGUAUGAAGUGUACCAAAGUGGUGGACCAUCGGGCUCGCACCAAGCAUAUUGUUCUUGUGGCUGGAGGCUGUCUGUUCCUCAUGGGCUGUGUCACUACCCUAAUCCCUGUGUCCUGGACUGGCCAUGUCAUCAUCAGGGAUUUCUAUAACCCCCUGCUAAUUGAUGCCCAGCGCAGGGAGCUUGGGGAGGCCCUUUACAUCGGCUGGGUGACCUCAGCUUUGCUUUUCACCGCCGGAGUGAUCCUUCUGUGCCGUCACGCUCCUCGCACCCAGGACCCAGAUGAGAGGAUUAUAUACAACCCCAAUGGAAAUAUCUACCAACCUGCCUACACAUACCAGCCGUACACGUACCAGCCAGCGUACUCCUACCAGCCUCCCUACUCAGUACCCCCGCCAGGAUCUGUUGCAUACACACCAAGUCAAUACUAAUGAGGAUACCAAACACAAAGACAAUAUUGGACUCUUUUUUUUUUACUUGACAAGAUUUGGCACAUUUAAAUGAGUUUGUAUUGACUAAUAUGAUCAAAGGCUGUCUCUGGAAAUGGCCAAAUCUUUCAUUACUUUCUCAAAGAGGGCCAAGUGUAGUGCAGAAAUUGAAAUUCAUUGAAUGUGAACUGAAUGUGAUUGAUCAUGAUGAACUGUGCUGAAAUACUAUUUUCUUUCUUUAUUUUGAUGUGCUUGCUUUACACUAAAUUAUACCAAAAUAUAUUUAUCUGUAAUUAUACAAUGGUUGGUGAUAACAAUGCCUGAACAGCCUCUGCUGACAUGCUCUUUGAGAACAAAUUAUGCACUAGGCCUUUUUCAGAUAAUAUACCUCCAGAUGAUUUGUGUUCAUUGCUGAGUUUUUAUAGUAAAUGUACAUACUUUUUCUAAAUGCUGGCCUUAAAUAUUAGGUCAAUUGUGGUUUUCAAUAAAGGGGUAAAGUUGAGUAAAAAAA